AAUGUUCAUCUCCUCCUUCCACGCCCCCUCAGGUCUUUACUAGCAACUACUUCUUCUGCGUGACUAGAACACUUCCACGUUUCUCCUUUGCUUCACUCUUAUUUCGUCUCUCCCAUCAUUUAACAGACGAAAGCAGCUGAAACCCAGAAAACUUGAGCAGAAAAAAAGGGGGAAAAGGAAUGGCUUUUUUCAAACUUCAAAGCCUGAAACCCAGACCCAUGUCGGAGUUAUCAAUGAAAGUGGGUUCGAUUCGGUGCUACGUCAGCAGGUGCAGGGCGGUGUUGCUGCAUCGGUUCGGUGGACCUGAGGUGUUGGAGCUCCGACCCGAUGUGCCUGUUCCUGAUCUUAAGCCCAAUGAAGUUCUCGUUCGAGCCCGAGCUGUCUCUAUCAAUCCCCUUGAUACCAGAAUGCGAUCGGGCUAUGGUCGUUCCAUAUUUGAGCCACUUCUGCCUCUCAUUUUGGGUCGUGAUGUUAGCAGUGAAGUUGCAGCUGUUGGUGCCCAAGUGAAGUCACUGACUGUAGGACAAGAAGUUUUUGGUGCUUUGCAUCCAACUGCUGUGAGGGGUACAUAUGCCGACUAUGCAAUUCUUUCGGAGGACGAGCUUUCUCCGAAACCAGCUUCAGUUACUCAUGUGGUAACCUAUAUGAUCGUUUACUUAUUCUCUCGGUGAAGAAUAAAUUUAUGUUUCAACUGUUUUCAGAAAGCAUAGAUUUACGUGACUUUUGAGUACUUGUUUUUCAUUCAUUCUGGUUGGCUCUUGGUGGAUGAUAAUACACUCUGCCCAUACAUUAUCUGCUCAUAUAUUUGAUUUCAUAGUUCAUAGAAUAUUGUUUAUUUCCAUCCUUUUACUCUAAUAGUUGUGUAGCAUGAAUUUGAGAAUUGGUUCCCUUUUGCUGCAUUGACUGCAUGGCGUGCCUUAAAAGUACUGCAAGGAUAACUGAAGGGUCAGAAGGUUUAAAAGGGCUUCUACUAUAAUGGCGUCGGCAAAUGGCAAUCUGAAAUUUCUAGUUCCGCAAACAUUAUUCUCCUGGCUGAUAAAUUAUAAUCCAUCCCAGUUUUCCUAUGGUUAUUCUGAUGCUCAUUAUCUUUGGCUUUAACUUUUUUUUAAUUAUUAUUUUUUCAUCUUUUGAUUGUUGUCCAAUCGGAAAUUGCUCAUUAUUCUCUAUACAUGCACAAAUGUCAUUUUUGGUAGAGGGUAUAACAAUACAAUCUGCCAAUUGAAUUUUACAACUAAAUUUUCUGGGAAACUGUUGCAAUGUAUCCUCCCAUAUGAUAGAAUUCUCAUGCAACAGGCAAAGGCUGUUAGUAAUAGGUGGCGGAGGAGCAGUAGGUUUUUCUGCUAUUCAGAUUGCAGUUGCUGCGGGUUGCCCUGUUACAACUACUUGUGGAAAUCAAACUGUAAAUCGUCUAAUGGCAGCAGGUGCUGAGCAGGCUGUUGAUUAUACUUCCGAGGAUAUUGAGUCAGUAAUUAAGGGAAAAUUUGAUGCUGUCCUGGACACCAUUGGUGUGCCCGAGACAGAAAGAACAGGUAUCAAUCUUUUGAAUAGAGAUGGGCACUAUCUGACACUUAAGGGAGAGGCAGCAGCGCUGAGCGACAGGUAUGGAUUACCGAUUGGGCUUCCUGCGGCUGCGGCUACAGCUGUUUUGUGGAAGAAAAGGAUUCAGUACAAAUAUUCUCACGGAAUAGAAUAUUCAUGGAUAUACAUGAGGGCAGACUUGGAAGGCUUACAUGAGAUACGCAGAUUGUCAGAAGCCCGGAAGCUGACUGUACCUGUUGAAAAAACAUUUCCGAUAACUCAAGUAAGAGAGGCUCAUGAAGCUAAAGAGAAGAAACUGAUCCUUGGUAAAGUAGUGCUGGAACUUGACUAAAGUAAGUUCUACAUCACAAAUAACUUAAGAAUUUUUUUUCUCUUCUAAAUGUUCCUUUCAACAUAAAAUUGCUAGGAUAUGCGCUAAAGUUGUUGUAUACUUGUAUAUAAUGUCGGAAUCUGUAAAUACUCGAGCAUAACUUCUUUUUAAUUAUUUAUCCCCUUCAUUUUUACUGAAA